UCUUAAUUAUGCGAAAUGAUAUACAUUCGAUAUAGGUUUUGACUUUUUUUUUCUAGCGUGGACGUGAGCGGAUAAAAUUGUGAAAUGUAUUCCUGGCAUGAUCUGGAUUUACUUAAAUAAUUACAAUCUUUAUAUCUUUUUAUUUACGAAAAAAUUGUAAUUGUUAUGGCAUUUGUUGGUAAAAAUCAUCCAAGCAUACAGGAAGCGUUUCAGCGAUUUUUCGAGACGAAAAAUAUAGAAGAACAAUGCACCGAGCAAUCUUUGAUAUGUUUGCACAAUGCCUUUUUGGCAACGGAGAAUGGGGAGAUGAACUCCUCUCAACUGUACGAUGCUUUCCGAGACAUCCUCGAGAUAAGAAUGUCGCGGGACGAGUUCCAGGUUUUCUCCAAGAAAAUAGACACAAGACUUGACGACAGGAUAACGUGGGACGAAUUCAUUUCUUACCUGUUGAUAGAAUUCCGGGACAUAGACACUAGUCUGAGAUCGCAAAUGUUGGAAAUGCCAUUAACGGAUUUACCGAAAUUACUAAGAACGCGUCAUCGCACGCCUGUGUGCAGAAUUACAUUUUGCCCGGAAGUUUUGCCGGACAGAAGCACGAGUUUCCGCCGAGGAUGUUACCUGACUGUUAGCCGGGAGGGAGUGAUUAAUUAUUGGUCGCUGGAUCUCGAGUACGAGCGUACCGUGCAAUCUAAGAAUCCGUACUUAAAGGUGCAAUCUACCGCUAUAACUGAUAUGAUCGUGCUGCCGGACGUUCAGAUAGUGUGCACGAGUUCGACGGAAUGCGAUUUGAGAUUCUACGACGUUGCGGUGAAGAAGUUUGAUCUUCGCAUACUGAUAUCCAGCUUGGAAAAUGCAGUCGUUUGUAUGCACUAUUACUUCAGUACAAACGCGAACGAGAAUUCUUACGUCAUUCUGGGCGACACGAGUGGAUCCGUCACAAUCAUGGCCUUUAAUCCUGCGGACAGAGGACCUUUCAAGCAACAUACCGCAUGCGACACGAUCCUCCUUCGUUACGACAACGUCAUUAAAGUAACACAAGGAUUACCUGGAUAUAGAAUAGGAGAGCUGCAAGGAUUCGACGUCACAGUGUUUAGGAACAUACAUACAAACUGGACGAGCCAGGUGGCUUAUUACGAAAGUUUACGAACGUUUGUAUCGAGUAGUCAGUGCUCCGACUGUUCCCUGUGCGUUUUCGAUGCGAGCGGCGCGAGGACGCAAUAUAAAUUUCAAGUUCCCAUGGGAAUAUCCUGUUUCACGCUAUGCGACGAGAAUCGCGUACUAGUAACGGGCGGGCCAGACUGCGUGGUGCGCGUUUGGAAUCCGUUUGUCCCCGGGAAGGCGAACGCCGUUCUGUCGGGGCACCGCUCGACCAUCUGCGCGCUCGUCGUGAUAGACGCCGGCAAGCGCAUUUAUUCUGUGUCGAAGGACAGAUGCAUAAAGGUGUGGGAUGUUCCAGCUCUUAGCUGCAUUCAGACGUACAACAAGUUGUCGAGUGAGCUGAGCGAAUACGCCCCGGUGACCGUGGCGUUCAACACCCUGACUCGUACGAUGAUUAUCGCCAGCACGAUGAUAGCCGUCCUCGUUUGCGAGCGUGUGAUCAACAAGGAGACCUCGGACGGCUAUACGCACACCAAGGGCGUCAGUUGUGUUCUUUACAAUCAGCUGUUUCAAGUGAUUGUCUCCGCAGGAUUGGACUCGUGCAUCAUCGUGUGGGAUCCGUGGCGUGGACGUCGCUUGCGCUUGAUAUCGCACGCCCACAGUAUCAUGCGAUACGGGCAACACGUCGACGUCGAGAUCACGGCAGCUUGCUUCGAUAAUUCGGAGCAAUUCUUAGUGACCGGCGCCAGAGAUGGUUCGUUGAAAGUGUGGAACUACAAUACCGGCGUCUGUGUGCGCGACGUGAUGGUGGAUCACCAAUGCGAAAUAACGGGUGUCGCAUGGCACGAAAAUCGAAUCCUGUGCUGCGGUUGGAAUAAGCACGUGACAGAACUGGCGGCUUUCGAGUCUGACGUAUGCAGAAAGAGUUGGACGACCAGUCAUACCGACGACAUCCUGUGCUCGGCCGCGAAACUUCCACAGCUGCUAGCUACCGGAACGUACAACGGGGAGCUGAUUCUCUGGAGGCUCGAAACGGGCCAGCCUUUUAGAAAGUACCAAGUGAUUGAUGUUAGUAAAAGACAUCUGACGCCCUGUGCUCACCAAGAGUCAGCAUUGAACGUCGUUCGCGUGACCGCAGUACGCGCGAUAAUCUUCCUAGCCGCGCGAGAAGCCAAACCGAACGUCGGCACGCUGGUGGUCGCGCUCGAUUCCGGCUUGGUGCAAGUCUGGACGCAUCAUCCCGCGGCGGGAUUUUUAGCGGCUUUCUCAGCAGUCCACGCUACCGGCGACUGCGCCACGUCCCUGGCCACCGAUUCUGAAAAUCAAUUUCUCGUAACAGGUCUUGGAACUUGCCAAAGACUCGAUUCGAGCAUCGUUAAACUCUUCGCGACUAAAUACCACAAUUUCUUCAUUCGAUUGUCCGCAACUUUACCCCUGGGACUUUUCUCUCAAGGCCACAGUGUGGGGUAUAUGAAAGUCUGGCUCCUCUCCAAUUACAUGCUGCCGAAUCCGCCGAAGAUAUGCAUGCCGCUGUUGAGAUUGGAAUUUCCCUUCUUGUGGAAAGACAAGAUAGACGGGAGAGCGAAAAGAGCGGUGCGAGAUCAGCCGCUGCCGCUCCUGCUGUCGUCCGUGCGCGGUCACACGCGGGGGAUCACCACUCUCCAAGUCAUUUCUAGCGCGCGAAUGAUAGUCAGGUAUACAGGAUCGCUAACGGAUAAUAGUGGCAGCGCGGAUCGCACGGUACGCAUGUGGAGUUUCGGCGGUCGUUACAUAUCGACGCUGGGCACGUUUAGAGAUUGCGCCACAAUUUUGCCCACCGUGCCCGUGCAGAGGUACUUCGAGGAUUAUAAGCUACCGGCGGACAUUAGAGGGCACGCCAGUUUCACCACUCUGAAGGUACUUCACGGCGGCAUGAGACGAGGACCGGUGGAGAUCGAGGAAGAGGAGACCGAUAUCCCGAAAGAGAUCCUCGAGGAGGAGCGACACAUGUUGUACGGGAAGGAUCUGGACGGUGUUACGCUCGAGAAUUACUACAAAUCGCAGUUGCCUAAAAGAACGUAUCAGAAACGUCUGCGAUUAGAUAAUACCUUGCCAUACAUACCAAUUUAUGCGCAUUUACCAAUAUAUUCUUUGAAACCGGUGGAGGCGCAGAAAACACUCUUGCUCGGACAGAAAAUGGAACUGGCUAAAAAGGUAUAUUUAAGAAGAGCGACGAAACCACUGCGUUCCUCUGUGACGGAACGAGCGAAAGGCACUUUUACAAGAUCAAAUCUACCGCAACGUUAAUUCUCCGUGAACCGAGCCUCAUAAAGCUCUUGCAAAACGUUAGUAAAACAGUAUAUACUUUACAAAUUGUAUAAAUCGAAAUGAGAUAUUAAUUUAGUUUUUAUUCAAAUUAGUAAAACUCGUAUUCGUAUAACAAUUA